CCCCGCUCCGCCCCGCCGCUCCCGGCCCCGCCAGCCCGGCCGCGGCUCCCGGCCUCCCUCCCUGCGCCCCGGCUGCGCUCGCUCCGCUCCGCCCGGCAGCGGGGCCGGCCCGUGGCGAGGCGGCGCCGGGACUCUGCCCAGCCCGCAGCGGGAGCGGAGCUCGGCCGGGCCGGGCCCGCUGCAGAAGCCCCGCCCGGGGGGGCCAUGGCCGAGCGGGCCGCUGCCCAGGCUCCAGAAUGGGACGUGGAGUCCCAGCACUCGCCUCUUUCGCAGCCCCACACUGUCCCCAGACGGACUUCUGUGAGAGAAACCCCGCUGCAAACUGCAGAGAUCUCCCUGACUCUAGUGGCUGCAAUUCAAGCCGUGGAGAGAAAAGUUGACGCUCACGCCAUCCGGUUGCUGAAUCUGGAAGGGCGAACAGUGACGGCUGAGAAGAAAUUGAUAGGUUGUGAGAAAACCGUGGUGGAGUUUGGGAACCAGCUGGAGAGUAAGUGGGCCGUGCUGGAGACUCUGAUCCAGGAGUAUGGGCUGCUGCAGAGGAGGCUGGAGAACAUGGAGAACCUGCUGAAGAACAGGAACUUCUGGAUCCUGAGGCUUCCCCCAGGAACUAAGGGGGAGGUACCCAAGGUCCCAGUGACAUUUGAUGACGUCUCCGUCUAUUUCUCCGAGCAGGAGUGGGAGAACUUAGACGAAUGCCAGAAGGAGCUUUACAAGAAUGUGAUGAAGGGGAAUUACGAGACCCUGAUCUCGCUGGACUACGCCAUCUCCAAACCCGACAUCCUGUCCCAGAUAGACCCGGGGGAGGAGCUGUGUGUCGGGGAUCGGGAGGACUCCGAGAGGAGAGAGAUCCCUCUGGAGCCCUGCGCGGCAGAUAGUGGGGUGGUGGUCAAAAUGGAGGAGGAGAACCCUGAGGAGGAGCCGGAGAACUUGGAGCUACAAAGGACGUUGCCGGAAACGGAGGUUUUCCAGUGUCCGGAGCAGGGAACAAACCAUGAGGAGAGUCUGUGCAGUCCCGAGAGGGAGCCAGCGGACCUGCCCGGAAACGGCCUGGAGGAGCCGUCUCUAUGCGGGACAGACCCCCAGAAGAUCGAGCCGUUGCUUGUUUACCUGCAGAGCCCUGCAGCAGCGAGGCUGUUCGUAUGCGCCGAGUGCGGGAAGAGCUUCCGCAGCCGGCAGCAUCUCACCCUGCAUCAGAGGGACCACGCAGGAGCAGGGGCCUGUCUGCUGCAGCCUGGGGAGAGCUUCAUCCUGAAACAUGGCCCCGGACCCCACCCCGGGGCCCAGGCGGGAGGCAAACCCUACAAGUGCUCCGAGUGCGAGCGCAGCUUCUGCCACAAGUCCAGCCUGCGGAAGCACCACCUGGCGCACACCGGGGAGCGGCCCUACGCCUGCACCGAGUGCCGCAAGAGCUUCAAGCAGAGGGUGAGCCUGGUGCUGCACCAGCGGAUCCACUCAGGGAAGAGCGAAGGCUCCUUCAUCUGCACACAGUGUGGCAGGUACUUCAGCCACCACUCCAACCUGACGCGGCACCUGCGCAUCCACACAGGGGAGCGGCCCUACAAAUGCACCGAGUGCGAGAAGAGCUUCACGCGCAACCAGUACCUGGUAGAGCACCAGCGCAUGCAUGCAGGCGAGCGCCCCUAUCACUGCCCUGAGUGUGGCAAGAGCUUCCGCUACAAGCGAUCGCUCUAUUACCACCAGAACAUCCACACCGGGAAGGGCUUCCCCCUGCAGGGCUUGCUGGACCCCGGGCCGGGCCAUGUGGGGUAAACCAACAGCAGGGCCAGAAUCCACACUCCGUGGGGCUUACAGGGGGCUGCCUCCCUCCGAGAGCAAUGCCCGAGAGCUCCAGCCAUGGCACUGCAGCCACUUGAUUGUUACAGAAACUAAGCUAUAUUUUUCAGAGUAUUUUGAAUGCAGCCUUUUGUUAAGAGAAGUAGGAGUGUCAGCCUGGAUAAGGCGGAGGGUCCCUGUCCUGGACUCAGGGCUGGCAGAGCCUAGCUGGGAGGGAAGGGUGAGGAGAUGGGGGGUAACUUGAAGGGGACAUGGGGCCUUCCUAGCCCCACCUCCACCGAGUUGUUCAUAUGGGGCUGGGCACUGAUUUCUCUGCAGUGUCCUAGCCUCUGUGUCCUGCUGUGACUGAGUGGUAAAGGGCCCCGGCAGCAUGGAAAGGGGAAUCCCCGCCGCAGGCCCUGGGUCUCCUGCAGCCCAGGGAGAAGAGCUGGCAGUAACGGUUCUGACCCACCAUGUGGGACCACGGCCUAUGGCCUGGGUUAGGGAACACCGUUACCAGGCAGGGCUGCACCCAGCUCGGUUUCAGUGGGUGUUGCCAGGGGAUCCCCUGGCCCAUGAAUGUUCAGAUGUUUCGCUCCCACACUUUGCUGCCCCAUGGAGCUGGGAAUCUGUGCGGGAUCCGUGUAUUCUCAUAGCAGGGGCCAUGGACGACCCAGCCAUGAUCCUCUAGGAAUCUUGCUCGGGAUUCCUUCCUUCCCUGGGCUCCUCCAGUUUGUUCCUGUGGUGAUCCUCCUUGCAGUUAAUUUUCCCACCUGCCUGCUGUUUGGCUGGAGCGCCCUGUGAUGCUUCCCUGGGGCACCUUGUUACCACCUGCCCUUAGCAUGGGGAAGCUUGGUCUGUGCCUGCCAGGGGUCAGCUUCCCAACUCCAGCAGGCAACACAAGCCCUCCCAGGUAGGCCUCGCAGGGCCCCUUCCUCUCUGCUGGUUACCGAUAGGCCCCCUCGAGCCUGCAGUAUCUCCCUGGCACGUCCAGCCCCUGGCCUGCUGCUCACUUGCAGGAUUCACAGAUUUGCUGCUUCCCAAGAAACAGCCCACCCCCCCACUGCCCCUCAGUUUGCCGCUCCGCUUCCCACCCAGCACUUAUAUUGGUACAUCGUGAAAUCAAGGAUAAGGUUAUUUAAUGAAGCCCAGAGCAUCAAGUGAUAGCAAAUGGUUCCAGCCAAAAUAAAAUCAUAACCAGUGU